AUGCACGAAACUGUCCUGCGGUCGAUCCGCCAAGAGUUUGCAUCUGAUGACGACGGUCUCGAUAAGUCCGAGUGCGUGCUCGGGACUGCGUCCAUGUGCACGCGUUAUAUUGCGCACAGGCCUCCAACCACCACCUGCCGCGCGGUCCCAUCCUCUCCGCAGCCCCCCAUCCUCGCCAAACUGGCCGCCAAACCACUCUUCAUCACACUCGCAGCCCUCCUCGGCGCGUAUAUCCUCUUCUUCCGCAGCGCGCCGCUCCCCUCAAUCUAUACGCCGACGAUGGCAUCCGCAUCUGCAACCGGCUGGCACGCCCGCGCCAACCCGCACCCCGCGAGCGCUGACUUCACUCCUACGCGCGACGCGCUCGUCCUCGCGGUCCUCCUGAACGCGCCUGUGGAGCCGGAGGGCUUCACCGCCGCCCUGUUCCGCCCGGACGUCGCGGUGGACGCCCGCGGGCGCGUCCUGCAGGUGCAAUCGGCCGACUUCGCCACGCUCGCGGAUCUCGCGGCACAGAGCACACGGCUCCCCGACACCGGAUCGUUUCUGAACGCGUGGCGCGUCCAGCACGACCGGACCUCGCAGCAGAUUGACAGGCUGUUCGUGCCGACGUCGGAUGGAGGGCUGAAGGAGACGAGUGUGCAAGGCUGGCAUCCGGAGAAGAAGCAGCUGAAAGAUACGGUCGCCGACUAUGAGCAGCUCCCGCCUGUGUUGCACGAGCUCGCGGGUUACGUUCAGGAAGCUCGCGAGGGGUUCCAGCGUGGACAGGAGGAGAACAAGGCCUUGAUCGAGAAAAUCAAGGCCAUCGUUGACGAAUCUACGAACUGA